CCUUGACUUUGCUGUCUCGCGCCCCCCAACCACCUUCGACCCAUCGUUCUCUCGAGCUUAGCACACUACCAAUUUCUCAUCCUCGACCGCAAAAGAUAGCUACCAACUCACAUCCACUUUCAAUCGUAUAAGUCACGACUAACCGUAUCAUCCACGCGAAUCGCCGACAUUAUCCGUCGCAUUUGCCAUGAAUAAAAAUUGGAAUGACAGGGCCGACAAGGAUCUGUUCUUUACCAUCCUGUCUGUGAAGAACAUUGGCGUCAUCAGCGGUUCGGAAUGGACCACCAUCGGCAACCACAUGCGUACACUGGGUUACGGCUUCACCAAUGAAGGCUGUAGACAACACUUCCAGGGCCUUCGUCGUGCCCAGCACAAGUCUGAGACGAAUGGGGGCAGCCCUGACAACCCUCGCAAGGUCGAUCCAACAACGAAUCCAAUCACUCGCCGCCCAGGCCCAGGUCGUGGGAGGCCCAAGAAGCAACCUCAGCAAACUGCGCAGCUUGCCAUCGCCGCCUUGGCUAAUCAGUCCGGCGAGCCUAGUCAGCCAGGUCAACUCGAUCAACUUGAACCCGAUCAAGAACUUCAAGAUCUUCAAGCGGGUCAAGCUGGCCAACCUCAACCAGUCAUACAGCCCGACCUUCAGGCUGAUAUCACCACGGAUCUCCAACCUGACCUUCAGUCCGAUCUGCAACCUCACCUUCAGUCCGAUCUUCAGUCCAGUAUUCAGCCCAAUCUUCAGCACAACCACCAGCCCGAGCACCAGCCCAGUCACGAGGAUCCUUUACAAGAUGACCAGACGCAAUUGGAAACGUCCAUGAUGGCCGACGGUCUUGACAUAUCAGAGUCUCUAGAUAUUCCCUUAAAAGACGACACUCUCGACCUAUCUCUCAAGGAUGAUAACGAUGACGAACAAGACGGCCCUAAUGCCAAGAGAAUCAAGCUCGACAACCCUGCUCAUGAUCAUUCUCUCGUCGAUGACGAAGCUGUAUUAGCUUUGGCUGCGCACAGUGAAGCCCCAUCUGAUGGCUACACUUCCGAGUAUCCCACAGCCGGCUUGACCGGUUCAGAAGACCCGCACACUUCCUUUUAUGGUCCUGAGACAUAGGAACAGCACUCGGCCCGUUUGAAAGCUUAUGCGGCAAGGGCGGCGCCAGAAGCAGCGAUGAAAUUCGAGUUCGGCGAAUUCGUUGAUUUAGACUAGGCUUCAAACCUGUAAAUCCGAGCCAGUCAACAUUCCUCCACCCCAUCAGUUUUGUUAGGCCAAGGCGUUAUGCAUCAAAGCGGUAGCGGCAUCAGGAGCGAGAUUAUGAACACGACGAGGUGCUUGGAGUUUGGACUGAUUGGGCGUUUUCAUUGUCUUUGAUCCUUCGACUUAUAAAGGACGUAUGCCAGACUAGCGUUGACCGAGUGUUUCUAUUGAGAGUACUAGGUCUUGCGAAUAAUGAACUUGCCAGAACCUGCUGGCUCUUUCUACCUA